GUUAUGAACUGGCUUCACUUCCCCUCUCUCUGUCUACUUUCAUUUCUUGAUGAACGAUCACAUAAAAUUUGAGUCAAAAAGCUCACUAGGUUAGAGAUAAAGGUAGAAAAUGAGACAACUCAAGCUAGAAAGUAGUUCUUGUUAGACCAGUCACUAAUAACCAGUUUCUUCUAAUACUGAUUGUUAGCCUCCCUCUCUCAGAACUCUUCUCUGUUUCAAGAUCUUGUUAUUGUUUUAACUUACUUCAUAUUCUCAAAAGUUAUGAAGAGAUUGGGUAGUUCUGAUUCUUUGGGUGGUAUGAUCUCCAUAUCUCCUUCUACAGAUGAGAAGAACAGCAACAACAACAGCGUUGUUUAUAGUAAAGGGUUUCAGUCAAUGAUGGUAGGACUAGAAGAAGAAGAUUGUUUAGAAGAGACAGGUGGUUAUAAUAUAGCUGAGAAGAAAAGAAGAUUAAGUGCAGAUCAAGUGAGAGCUUUAGAGAAGAAUUUUGAAGUGGAAAAUAAAUUAGAACCAGAAACAAAAGUUAAGCUAGCUCAUGAGCUAAAUCUUCAACCUAGGCAAGUAGCUGUUUGGUUUCAAAAUAGAAGGGCUAGAUGGAAGACUAAACAAUUGGAGAGAGAUUAUGGGUUUCUUAAAGCUAACUAUGAUGACUUGAGACUCAAAUUUCUUGAACUUCAGCAAAGUAAAGAAUUAUUACUUUUAGAGUUACACGAGUUGAAAUCAAAGAUUAAGGAAGAUAAUACAGAGAGUAACGGAUCAGUGAAAGAUGAGAUGCUGAUAUCUGAAGGAGAAAAUUGCAAGGUUUAUGUGAAUCAUGAUGAAGAGCGAGCUAAUUAUGAGAACAAUGGCAGGGGUAUUUUAAUGUUAGGGGAUGUUAAAGAUGGAUCAUAUGAUAGUAGUGAUACAAGUGCAAUUUUGAAUGAAGAUAUCAAUAACAAUAACAAUUAUUAUAGUCCAGCAAUGCCAAUUUCUUCAUCUCCUACUUCAGCUGUUUGCUUACAGUUUUCAGCCUCUAAGACGACUUCAGAUCAUUCUAUUCAGAAUCAGAGUCAUCUGCAACAAACAUCUGUGAAGAUGGAAGAUUUUGGUGGUGAAGAACCUUGCGAUUUCUUUUCUGAUGAACAGGCUCCCAGUCUUCAGUGGUAUUGUCAUGAACCAUGGAAUUAAAUCAAAACUCUGAUGUCAUAUUUUGGUAUUUUGUUGAAAUGGGAGAAUCUUGGUUAUGAAAAUUAUGUUUUUAGCUGAAGUUAGUUUCCCCCAUUGAUGUACCUCAAAAGCUUGUUGAUCUAAGGAACAGAUUUCACGUGCGUUUUCAGUGAUGAUGACGUGGAUUAAUCUUUUACCGUCAGGGGUACGGUAAAAAUGGCGGGAGAAAUUUGUAGCGGUGGAAAAUACGAAGACUUCCUUUUCCUUGAUAGUAUUUUGAAGUUUAAUCCCGAUGUAAAAAGUUGUAGCAUUUAAAACCAGUGAGUCAGUGACUAAUCAAUUUCUCGUUUCUCCUGUGCUUUUA